AUGGCAUUGGAGAGAGGAGGAUCUCACACAUGGAAGAAAAUGGUAAAUAUAAGAGAUGCAGUUGAGCCACAGAUAUUUUGGUAUCUGAGAAAUGGAACUUCAAGUUUCUGGUAUGAAAAUUGGACAAGGCUGGGGGCACUAUAUUAUAUCAUUCCUGAUGCUGCUAGAGAAGAAAAAAUAGAGGUUAGACAGUUUGUGCAGAAUGGGGAAUGGAACAUGGAAGUCACUCUAGAUCAGGAAUUGGCUCAGCAUAUCAAGGAAAAUAUCAAAGUACCAGUUGAAGAAGAAGAUGAUGAACCAUGUUGGAUGCUGGAAACAAAUGGCAGAUUCUCAGUUAAAUCUGCAUGGGAGUUUCUCAGACACAGAGAGAGCAAAAAAACACGUUAUAAGUUCAUGUGGGAGAAAGGGCUACCAAUAAAAAUAAGUUUUUUCAUGUGGAGAGUGUGGAAAGGGAUAAUCUCUGUAGAUGAUAUAUUAAAAAAGAUGAUGAUCAAUAUACCAUCAAGAUGCUGGUGCUGUGAGGAGCAUCAGGAGGAAACUAUGGGCCAUUUAUUUCUAACAUCUUCCAUAGCUGUCAAGUUAUGGAAGUUCUUUGCUUCUUGUGUAGGUAUCCCCAUUGAUGGAGUUUGUCUACAUCAAAUGAUCAUGGCAUGGUGGUCUGCUGAGAUAAAGCUAAAAUUGCAGCCUAUGUAUAGAGCAAUGCCUGCAGCUGAAACAAUAAGUACAACACAUACUACAUCAACUGACAAGGAAGAGAUUCCCAUUGCUGCAGAAUGGAGAUUAAAAUGCAAUACAUAUGGGGCAAGUAGAGGCAAUCUUGGGCUCAGUUCAUAUGGAUUAUGCAUCAGAGAUAGUAAUGGGGAUUUGGUCUAUGCCGAAGCACAGCAAAUGGGAAUAGCAACAAACAUGGAAGCCGAAACUGAGUCUAUAAAACAGGCAUUGAAUUUCUAUAAAGAACAUAACUUUCAACAGGUUCAAUUGGAGACUGAUUCACUUGUCCUCCUAAACAUCUUACAAGAUACAUGGAUCACUCCAUGGGAACUGAGGAAUCAGAUUGAACAGAUCAAACAGGAUAUGAGAGCAAUGCAGAUUGUAUUAUUUCCCUUAGAUGCUCUUCUCUCACAUAUGGUGAGAACUCGAGCUACAAUGGCCCGAGGUCAGGUGCCAGAGCCGGCAGCUGCGGCUAGCACCCGAGGGCGAGCGACAGCCAGAGGGCACAGCAGAGCGAGAGGCCGCAAGGCUGCCCCAGCUAGGGGUAGAGCUCCGGCGGUAAAACAGCGGCAAGAGAGAUCUCCGUCCCCUGAUCCCGAAGAUGUGGCUCCAGCUUAG